UGUGCGGUUCUGAGAUCGGAUUUAUCAGUGCGGCCACAGAUUUGGGCAUUAUAAAGAAACCAAAAAAUAAUAGUUAAAUAAGUGAGAAGAGAAAUGGCAAUAAAAAUUUAAAAUAGUAAAAUAUAAAUAAUAAGUUACCAUGAAAAGUAGUGCAAAAUAAGAUCGGAUUAAAUGGUUAACCCAUGAAUGCUUAGUUACCAAAACCCUCCAUUUUCCUAAUGGAUAGUUGGCUACAUUAAAAGUUGAUCGGACAAUACCACACCCAGCCAUUGGAUUCAACGCUCUUGGAAUUCAUAGGAACUGGAACUGGAGCAGCGAUUUCGUAGCCAAGAAAUCAAUAGAUAUGAAUUUAAAUUGCUGAAGUGUGUUUCGGCGAGCAUCAAUAAGCAAUAUCGCAUAUGGUUCCAGCCGACUGGCUGCCCCCGCAACUUCUAAUCCUUCUCGUAAUUGACGUUUGAUUGGACCUGCCCGAUCAUGGAAACGGCAAACUUGCCACCUGCCCGCCACGUGCCCAUGCAUUAAAUAGCCAGGGCAGUUAAGCCGCAGGUACGCCCACCCACCGCCCAUCAGACCCCCCCUCCCGAAAAGGAACACACACAGCCCCACACACAUGACCGCGUCACGAGCGGCGAAACGAACGUGACACAUGGCGAUGUACUUUUAUGCCAGCAAGAUAUCAGCCAUCGCCUGCGGAACGCGUUGCAAGCAGACCGUGCUGCAGAAGUCGCGGGGUCAGCGCGACCGGGACAAAUGCCACCAUGGCCAUCAUGGCCACCACCAGCACCACCGGCGCCACCACCGUCGACGGUGCCGCAUUAGCAGUAACAGCAGCAGCUCGGACAGCGAAUCUGCGGAUGACUGCUGCCUGGAGUUGGGUGAAUCGGGAGCGGAUUCGAGGGAAGGCGGAGCAGGCGGUGGAGCCGGAUUACAGGGAGUCCAAGGCGGCAUAUUCUCCCUGGAUCCGGGUCAUCUGACGGCGGAGACAGCUCUCCUGGGUGGCAAUAUUCGCUACAGACGACGACACAGCGCCGAGCAGUUGAGUGCCUACGAUCUGGAAAUGGGGUUUCAGCAAUUAGAGCUUGGCACCACAAUAUCAGUUGGGCCGAAAAACGAGGAUUUGGUCCAGUACGAUGUGCCCAAAAAUCCGCACAAACGCAGCCAAUGUGAUAUUAAUUUUGAGAGCUCGGUUUUGGGCUCCGGCGGCAUUAUGUACAUAAAUGGUAGAAUAGUUUCCGGGCCACUGGACUCCCUAAUCGAAACGCUGCUGCCCAAGGAUGUUGUGGACUUAGAUAAGGAAUUUGUAUUCUCGUUUUUAUUAUCCUGCCGCUUGUUCCUGCGACCCCACGAAUUACUGGGCCGACUGCUGGACUCGGUACCUGAUAGCGAAUGCUUGGAGUCCCUGGUGUCCCUGCUGGCCGAGUGGACGAUGAAGUUCCCCUACGACUAUCGGGAUGAGCGGAUGAUGAGCCAUGUCAAACAUAUCGUUGCCAGAUGUUCCAAUUCGCAUUUGGAAGCCGCUGUCUCCCAAACACUGAGUGCCUUACUAAAACGACUGACUGAUUUAGAGAGACAUGAGGCGGACCUACGAGCCUGCCAGACCAACGACAAGUCUGCAUCAGAAACUCCACUCAACUGUCCAACGGCCACGCAGUACGCACAAAUCGUUUGUCGGGUGGAAAAGAAACUGGCCAAGCACAUUGGUGGCGAGGAGUUCCUCCAGUGCAGCAGCAUGAUCCUCCUCGAUAAGCAGAAGAAGUGGGACCAACCAUCCACGUCGGGCGCUCCGCCAGGAGCCCAGGAUCCGAAGAAGACGUGCAACCUGGAAACCUAUCUGGAUUGGUCGGCACGUCUGCGUCUGUUUGUCUGCAACGAGAUCCUGCAGAGCGUCGGCAUCGAGGGACGCAGUCGAACCGUGGAACUCUGGAGCGGAGUGGCCCAGUACUGCCUCCUUGUGGGCAACUACAAUAGUGCCACGGCCAUUUUGGAGUCCCUGGAAUCGCCGGCCAUAGCGCGGCUUAAAAUUACGUGGAGCAAAUUGCAAGUGACGUGUCAACAAUUGGACUGCAUGCAGCGCCACGCCGAGGGCCAUGGACAUUUAUGGCAGAAGCAGGCCAUCUCCCUAAAUGAGCAGCAGGAGGGUCUCAAGACUGAUAAGCAGCCGCCCAAGCAGCCGGCGGCCCAAGGAGCAGCUCCGGCGCAAGGAGCCGUCGCCAUCGCCAUCACAACGUCACCCGACUCGGAUGAGAAGCCAUCGACAAGUGGCCGAGUGGCUGGCAUAGCAGGCAUUUCCGCUGCAACAAUGGAAUCCGCUCCAGUUCCUGUGGCAAGUGGCAGCAACGUGGGUGCUGCAACUUCGACGGCGGCAGCAACCACACCAUUAGCAAGUUCGGGCAAGCCAAAUGAUUGGGUUGUUAUUCCAGUGUUUGCGGAUAUUGUUAAACUGGCGUUGGGCGAGCGUGAGAACUGUUUGCAGCGCUUAGCAAAUGGCCACAUCAAUAUGGCUGCCUUCGAUCGAAUGGCCGCCAUUGUUGGGGCAUUCACCAAACACAUGCAGGCGAUGAAGGCGGCCCAGGCGCCAUCUAGCGGCGAGUACGAGCACUUCUGCCGCCACAUGCAGCAAACAACGAAACUUGGCGAGGCGGAACUAAUGAUGGCCUCAUUCGACUGCGAGGAACCCAAUAAUGCCGAGAAGCUAAUGUACGAUUUAAACUAGUAGGAUAUGCGUAGGCUUCACUAAUAAUAGCGACUAAGAAAGCAUUUAAAGUUAGCCUAAGCAAGUACUGUACAUAAAAGUUAGGUAAAGCACUUGGAUAUUUAGCGUUAAGUAGAUAACAAUAAACCAAUCAGCUGUAAAAACUAUUUAACACAAUUAAUACGUGUGUACAUGGAC